UUUGCCCUGCCCUAAGGCCCCUCCAGCUAGUGGAUCUCUGCUGAGGAACGCCUCUUUCGUGGCACUGACAGGGAGAAUUAGGCAAGAGAUGCGGGUUCACUUGCCCUCCAUAGGGGCUUAUCUUGGACUAAGCUGAGGGACUAAUAGCAAAGCCAGUCUCACUCCAGCCGGUCUGAGGGCACAGGGAGCCAUCUGUCCACUCUCUGUGCAAUAACCGACAACAAAGGCGGCAAACAUUUAAUACGGACUGUAAACUAAAGGGCCAUUCAUUCAGAGGAUACUAAGGCCAAAGAAGAGGAAAGAGUUUUCUGCUAUAGAAGGUGUGGAAUGGCGGCAGAGGGUUCUCUGUUCAUCGGCGUGCAGUUGUAAAUUUGAAGAUCUUAAAUCAUUCCGAACAUCUGAAAAGGAAGAAAUGGCUGUAGAUGGGGGUCUGAAUGUUACUCUGACACUAAGGCUCCUGAUGCAUGGGAAGGAAGUGGGCAGCAUCAUUGGAAAGAGAGGGGAGACGGUAAAGAAGAUGAGAGAGGAUAGUGGAGCUCGCAUCAACAUAUCAGAGGGAUCCUCCCCUGAGAGGAUCGUCACCAUCACGGGACCCACAGAGGGCAUCUUCAGGGCCUUCUCUAUGAUCGCCGAAAAGUUUGAAGAAGACAUUGCUUCAGCAAUGGCAAACAGCAACGUGUCCAGCAAGCCACCUGUGACACUUCGCCUGGUGUUUCCAGGUAGUCAGUGUGGCUCAUUGAUCGGCAAAGGAGGCUCCAAAAUCAAGGAGAUACGAGAGACCACAGGUGCCCAGGUGCAGGUGGCAGGGGACAUGCUGCCGGACUCCACAGAGAGAGCUGUCACCAUCUCUGGUGCACCGCAGGCCAUCACCGAGUGUGUGAGGCACAUCUGUUCAGUCAUGCUGGAGUCACCUCCGAAAGGAGCAACCAUCCCAUAUCGUCCCAAAGCCAUGCCAGGUGGAAACCAUGCAAUACUAGCACAGCACUCUGCCUUUGCAAUUCCGGGGCAGUAUGCUUUCCCACAUCAAGAUUUGACCAAGCUUCACCAGUUGGCUAUGCAGCAUAUCCCCCUCCCUUCCCUUGGGCAGAGCAACCCUACCUUCCCUGGAUUGGACGCAUCUACCCCCGCAAGUUCACAAGAGUUGGCGAUACCUAAUGAUUUUAUUGGCUGCAUAAUUGGCAGACAAGGCAGUAAGAUCAAUGAAAUUCGCCAGGUUUCUGGAGCUCACAUCAAAAUCGCCAGCGCCACGGACGGCUCAGCCAUGCGCCAAGUCACAAUCACAGGCUCACCAGCCAGUAUCAGUGUGGCCCAGUACCUUAUCAAUGCCAGGCUCUCAUCAAUGGUAACAGGCUUGGGUGUUCUGUAGUAGCGCUGCACAGUUGCAGCUCUGAUGGGAUUAUCCUAAAGCCACAUUGGAUUCUAGUGGAUUUGACUCUACACAAUUAUGCUGUAGAGUGGGACUGGAAUAAAUAACUUAUUUUCUGUCUCUUUAUGUUAGCUUUUUUUGUUUUUCUUGGAUCUAAAUGAGUGGAAUAAGUCAACUCUGCUCUGCAGACAGUGUCUGUCUCUGGCACUGAACAUUUAUUGUAAGAAAUGUAUGUUUAUUAAUGUGUUUUUUUUGUGUUUUUUUGUGUGGUGUGGGUCUACCCCAAACAGUCCAGAUUUGUAAUAUUUGCUACAUAUGGAAUGACCUUAAAAUAAAUAGAACUUUUUAUAU